UUCAGACUCAUAUAGAGUAAUUAAUUUUCAAAUAUGAGAUGGAGAAAGAGAACAUGAUGAAGAGAUUAGAAGAAGAGAAGAGAAGAGCAGACGAGGAAAGAAUUCAGAUGGAGAAAAACUUCAGAGAACAGAAGGAAAUUCUGAGAAAAGAGUUUGAAGAGAAAGAGAAAACAGAACAACAGAAACGAGAUCUUGAGAAACAGAAACAAAUAGAGGAAGAAAGACAACAAAGAGCUGAACAUCUUCAGAAGAUAGAAGAGAUGAAGAGAGAGAUUGAACAUCAGAGAUCACUUUAUGAACAACAGCAGAGAGAGAGAGAAGAGGAGGAUAGAAAGAGAGAAGAGAAAUACAGACAAGAUCCAGAGAAGAUGAAACAAGAACAGAUUAUAACACAAUUACAAAAGAGACAAGAAGAAGAGAUUAGAAAGAGAGAAUCUGAGGAGAAAAAGAGACAUGAAGAAGAAGAGAGAGAGAGAGAAGAAUGGAGGAGAAGAAUAAAAGAAGCUGAAAAUGAGAGAAAAGAGACUCAAGAUGAAAUUGAAAGACAAGAGAGAGAAUGGGAAGAGGACAAGAAACGACAGAUGAGAGAACGAGAGGAAGAUGAGAGAAAGAGAAGAGAGAAACAUGAAGAACAACUGAGAGAAAAACAAGAAGAACUGGAGAAAAUGAGACAGAAGAUUGAGAAAGAGAGAGAAGAAGAGAGACGACAGAGAGAUGAAGAGAGAGAGAAACUGAGACAAGAAAGAGAAGAGAAAGAGAGAGAGUAUGAAGAGAAGAAAAAUGAAAUGAUGAAACGUUAUGAGCAGCUGGAGAGAAAGAGAAAUGAGAUGUGGGAGAGAAAACGACGAGAUGAUGAUGAGAGAAGAGCAGAAGAGAGAAAGAGAUGGAGGAAAAGAAUUGAUGAUAUUAAAAGAGAACAACAAGAAGAGAUCAAGAGAAGAGAAACCCAGGAGAGAGAGAGAAAAGAAAGAGAAGAGGAAGAGAGAAAGGAAAUAAAGGAGGAGCAUGAGCGGAGAAUAAAAGAGAUGAAGAAGAAACAUGAAGAUGAAGCCAGAAAACAAGCAGAAGAGUUGAAUGAGUUCAGAGAGAAGAAUGAGCAACAUGUUGAAGAACUCAAAGAGAUGCUGGAAGAACGUCAGAAACAAGAGGAAUUACUGAAAAACAUAUAUCACCUCGUACAAAAUGAAAAAAGUGCAGAGGUUAAAAGGCUGAAAAAACAGAUAGAAGACUUACAAAGAAAAUCCAAAUGUUUCAUUAUGUAAUAUCUUUAAUGUCAAAGUCCACCUGUGGUGAAAAUCUAGUUUUUAAAGAGUGCAUCACAUGAGAUCAUGUAAAUGACAUUAGUGUGUAAUGUUGCCGUGUUUGAAAAGUAAGCAGUCUGCCAAGUUGUAAAUCCGCAGGUGAAUGAAUAAAGUUAUUGGCUUGGGAAAAAGGGAGUCGACUCUGAAUCACGCAAACGAGUCGUCCCUAGUCGGAUUCCUGAACCACCGCAGAUUUACGUCACUACAUAUAGUCCCCGCCUCCCAGCUAACAUAUCAUGUGAUUAUUACGCAACUGAAACGUAAUCUGGCGACCAAACUUUCGCUGUGGCAACGUAACCAGUUACGUUGUGACAACUGGAAAAGUGAAAUUCCUGGAUUCGUUGCCACAACGUAAUUGGACAUUGUCAGUAGGUAACCGCAACGUUGUGACAUGGUACCAAUCAGGACAGAGUCACAAUGUCACGGUUACUUACUGUAGCGAGGAAGGCGGGACGAGAGCCGUGGGGCAGGAAGGCGGGGCCGGUGGCGUGAGUGAUUAUGAGUAUCAGCUGUACGCGCACCGGGCCGCAUGCCUCACGGGGAGCUAGGGAGCAUAAGAGGACGAGCGACGGGACUGCCGACGAGAGAGGACCGGGCCCGGAAAUGUUAAGUUUGUUUAUGUUUGUGUGGCCGGCAGUCGACAGUGAGGUGGCUGCCGGCCUUUUAUUUGCUGGAUUAUUGUUUAUUUAUUUUAAUUAAAGUUUGUUAAUGUUCGCCGGUUCCCGCCUCCUUCCUUCCGUUUUAUUGAACUUUGUUACACUUACUGACAACGAAUC